UUAUUGAGGAAAAUCUCGGUUUUUUUGUUUUCCCUCUCCGAACUCCAAAGACAUCACUAACCCACUGAAGCAAUCAUCAUGGGAACACCCUCUGCACCCAACACUCCCAAAAAGUGUUUCUCUCCAUCGAAAUCUCCCCUCCCUUAAAUCCCACUUCUCUAAACUCCAAUUCAACUCAAACCCAAAAAGCCAUGAAGCCCAAUUCUGCUUUCCCUCUCACCUUCUUCUUCUUCUUCUCCUUGAAAGUUACUAUGGUUCUCUCUGCAACUCUCCCUCUUCAACUAGUUUCUCUGCUCUACCUCAAAGCUUCUGUUAAAGACCCUCUUUCCUCUCUCCAUGACUGGAAUACCAGCACCCUUUCCACCAAUGCUGCUUUGUCUAACUCUAACCCUGUCUGGUGUUCCUGGUCGGGCGUCGUAUGUGACCAAGAAACCUCCCAUAUCACUUCUCUUGAUCUUUCUCACCGUAACCUCUCUGGACUAAUCCCCUCUGAAAUCCGAUUCUUGUCUGACUUGAACAACCUAAACCUUAGUGGGAAUGCCUUUGAUGGAGCGUUCCCGACUGACAUUUUUGAAUUAUCUAAGCUCAGGACUCUCGACGUUAGCCACAACAAUUUUAGUUCCAUUUUCCCUCCAGGGAUCUCCAAGCUCAGAUUUUUAACUGUUUUUAACGCUUACAGCAACAGUUUUAACGGUUCGUUGCCACAAGAAAUCGUUAGGCUUCGGUUUCUUGUAAAGCUCAACCUUGGUGGGAGCUUCUUCCAAGGUAGCAUUCCUGCAGGUUAUGGCAGUUUGCCGAGGUUGAAGUUUCUACAUUUAGCGGGAAAUUCUUUGCAGGGACCGAUUCCACCCGAAUUGUGUUUCUUGACUCAGCUCGAGCAUUUGGAGAUCGGUUACAACGAGUUCUCCGGUGGGAUUCCGGUGGAGUUCGGUCUUUUAUCAAAUCUCAGAUACCUCGACAUUUCUACUUCGAAUCUCUCUGGUUAUCUACCAUCUGAGCUUGGGAACUUAACUCUGCUAGAGUCUCUGUUUCUCUUCAUGAACAGGUUUAAUGGUGAAAUUCCGGUGAGUUUUUCCAAUUUGGGAGCUCUGAAAGUUCUCGAUUUAUCAGAUAAUAGUCUAUCAGGCUCGAUUCCAGAAGGGUUUUCUAAAUUGAAGGAGCUGACGGCGUUGAGCUUAAUGUACAACAAUUUAACCGGAGAAAUCCCUGACGGAAUCGGUGAGCUUCCAAAACUCGGAACGUUAUUCCUUUGGAACAAUUCUCUUACUGGGAAUCUCCCACACAAGCUCGGAUCAAAUGCAAAGUUACAGAAGCUCGAUGUUUCUUCGAACUUGCUAAGUGGUCCGAUCCCGCCAAGUCUAUGCCUCGGAAACCAACUCUUUAAGCUCAUACUCUUCUCCAACAGGUUCGAUUCCGAAAUCCCUCCAUCUCUCGCAAAUUGUACUUCUCUGUGGAGGUUUCGCAUCGAAGAUAACAGACUCACAGGCGAAAUCCCACCUGGUUUUGGUCUAUUGCCAAACCUAACUUACAUGGACCUGAGCAUGAACAAUUUGAGCGGUAAAAUCCCGAGAGAUCUCGGGAACGCUUCAAGAUUGCAACUUCUCAACAUUUCCGGAAACCCAUUUGGAACAGAGUUGCCUGCUAACAUAUGGAGCGCACCCAAUUUACAAAUUUUCUCUGCAAGUUUCUGCAAACUCACCGGAAAAAUUCCUGAUUUCAUCGGUUGCCAUAGCUUGUAUAAGCUCGAAAUGGAAGGUAAUUCACUCAAUGGAAGCAUUCCAUGGGACAUUGGACAUUGCGAGAAGCUUCUGUGCUUGAGUCUGCGGCAAAAUUCUCUCACAGGAAUAAUCCCCUGGGAAAUCUCAACCCUACCUUUCAUCACCGACGUUGAUCUCUCCCACAAUCUCCUCUCUGGUACAAUUCCAUCGAACUUUAAUAAUUGCAGUACUUUAGAGAGCUUCAACGUCUCCUUCAACCAGCUCACCGGGCCGAUACCCUCUUCCGCCAAUAUCUUUCACCCAUCAUCGUUCUCCGGCAACGAAGGCCUCUGCGGCGGUGCCGUCGAGAAGCCUUGCCAGUCAGAGAUGACCACCAACGACGAGAAACUCCGGCAGCAACCGAAGAAGACCGCCGGAGCGAUCGUGUGGAUCAUGGCUGCAGCAUUUGGGGUAGGCCUCUUCAUCCUGUUCGCAGGUAGCCGAUGCUUCCACGCAAAUUACAGCCGUAGAUUUAACGAUGAGCAGAGGGUGGGUCCAUGGAAGUUGACCGCGUUCCAAAGGUUGAAUUUCACGGCGGAUGAUGUACUAGAAUGCUUAUCAAUGAGUGACAAGAUCAUCGGGAUGGGGUCCGCAGGGACCGUAUACAGAGCCGAAAUGCCAGGUGGCGAGAUCAUAGCGGUUAAGAAACUGUGGAGUAAGCAUAAAGAGACGGUGCGGAGACGACGUGGGGUGCUGGCGGAGGUGGAGGUGUUGGGGAAUGUGAGACACCGUAAUAUCGUGAGACUGUUAGGAUGCUGCAGCAACAGCGAGAGUACGCUGCUGUUGUACGAAUACAUGCCUAAUGGGAGCUUAGACGACUUAUUGCAUGGGAAGAACAAAGGAGAGAAUCUGGUGGCGGAUUGGCUCACCCGGUACAAGAUAGCAGUCGGUGUAGCUCAGGGUAUAUGUUACCUUCACCACGACUGCGACCCUGUCAUCGUGCACCGUGAUUUGAAGCCAAGUAAUAUCUUGUUGGAUGCUGAGAUGGAAGCCAGGGUGGCGGAUUUCGGUGUCGCCAAGUUGAUUCAGACUGACGAAUCCAUGUCAGUAAUUGCGGGUUCCUAUGGCUACAUUGCUCCAGAAUAUGCAUAUACGCUGCAAGUUGACGAGAAGAGUGAUAUAUACAGCUUCGGGGUGGUGUUAAUGGAGAUAUUAUGUGGGAAGAGAUCGGUGGCUGCGGAGUUUGGUGAUGGGAAUAGUAUUGUAGACUGGGUGAAGUCGAAGAUGAAGAGCAAAGAUGGGGUAGUUGAGAUACUUGACAAGAACGCAGGGUCUUCUUGUGCGUCGGUGAGGGAGGAGAUGAUGUUAGUGCUAAGAGUGGCAUUGCUCUGCACUAGUAAGAAUCCUGCUGACCGGCCUUCGAUGAGAGAUGUCUUGUCGAUGCUGCAUGAAGCCAAGCCCAAGAGGAAGUCGCCCAGUGGUCGUCUAUGUAGCGGUGUAGACAAUGCCGUCCACGGUGGUGCCACCGGUGGUGUCGGUGGUGGUGGUGGUGGUCCUUUGACUCAGAAGCUAGACUGUUAAAAUAAUUGCAAUGAAUUUUCAAGUUUACUUUGGUUUCUUUUCUUUUAAAAUUGUGGGGGGUUGCUGUAACUUGUAACUUGGUAUAGGAGAAGGAAUAUUUUUUUUUUCU